GGCCUUUACCCACCUCUCUGAUACCCCCCUUCGGGCAGACCCCCUUGAUAUCUGCAGUGCAGCGCCUCCCCAAGAGUUCUGGUUGUUAGGCUCUCUCAUAAGACCCGGCGAUAUCAUCCAGUUCCUCAUGCAUGCCAGUCUUGGGCUCCUCAACUUCGUCUGGUGCUAUUGCUUUCCUGUCCCUUACUUCGUUCCUCGUUCCUCGUUUGUCUAUUGUCCAUUCCUUUCAUUCAAACCCCUGCGUUCACCUUGCCUCUUGUCUGAUUCCCCGCCUUGCUGCUGAGACGAGACACCCUCCUCCAUUCCCCCCAUCUCUCACUGCUCGUCAGUAGCAUACAGUACAGCAUACCCCGUUGGUACCAUAGUCCACAGUGCGCAUGUAGUGUUUCUCGUCGCCCCUUGCCAGAAAUGACUACGAUACAGGGAAGUCGGUCCCCCUCUUUUCCUCGGGACGAGGUUACCGUCGCCUCUUCGCUUGCCGGUGCUCCGAGGCUUAAUUUCUCUAGCUUCUCUUCUUUCGCACUGGAUGCCGCCGACAAGACUGGCCUUCCUCGCGCCAAAUCCUCCAACAACCUCCUUGGCGAAGCUAUGCGCAAGCGCGGGGCGGAAGUCGUCGACUCCUCUGCCUCCUUGGAUUGCCGCCGGACCCGUGCUCGUGCCCGUGCCCGAGACGACAAGGAUCGAGCCAGCAUGGGCGACCUCAUCCAGUUCCUACGGACCGUGCCGCCACCACCCCAGAAUCACCUUACAUCGGUCUUUGACGAUGACGAGACGGACACCGUCGAGGGACGGGGCAAGUGGAAGCAGCUGAGGAACAAACUCCGUCUUCGCAUCCAGCGGCCCAAUUCGGCCACCUCAGACGACGUUCCGCCCAAGCCCAAGUUGCCCGGCACCGCGGUAGUUGCUAAAACAACACGGGGCCGUUCCCACAUCGCCAUCUCCGUUCCCAUGGAGCAUUGUCAUUUGGGUCCCAACUCGGACUGGUCUGCCACCGCUUUCAACGCCACCAAACCGCUCCCCCCUUCGCCUCCCCUGGAACCCGGGGAUCGUGACUACCUCUCCAAGGGAACCGGAAAGCCCCGAAUGCCCAGCCUUCAGACCAAAGACUCAAAUGCGUCUAUUCGUCUUUGGCCUCGCCAGGCUCCCAUCAGUCCACCUCAGUCGCCGCCCGCUACCUCAGCCGGGAGUUCGCUUGGCAGCAGGUCGGGGACGACCCCCGCCCACACUCCACGUGCCCCCUUGCCCAUGGAUCCGAACGACUUUGUCGAGAUUUCGAGGUCAGAUACGCCAACUCCUAAAACCCCGGAAAGCAUCGUCGAGGAGCGUAUUCGCCAGGUUCACGUUUCCUGGUUGACCACUACUCAUCCCCUGGAGUCAGCCGGAGGUCCGCCGCCGGCCCCACUGAUGUCUCCUCCUACGAAGCCGCUGCCAUCACCGUCGUCCCGUUUCUCGACUCACCGGUCACAUCGUCUUCAGCUGCCCCUGAGAAAGUCAAGCCUGAAAGCACCGGUUGGCCCACUCGCGAGCACGCCCGGCAAGCCGUCCACGCGGAGGGUGCUUGAGACGCCGAGUCGGAUCCGCGAGGGGUGUGGCCUCAGCUCUGUCGUUGACUCGUAUCCCGCGAAGCCGCCGCGGGUGACCACUGAAGAACCCGCUACGACAAUGUCCAGCGCUCCACACCUAGCGUCAGAGCAAAAGACCCUAGACUCGCCAUUCCUGCUACCAGCGGUGCGGUAUUCUCCGCCCUUGUUGAGUCAAAUCAUGGAUGUCACGGGUGGCGGGGAUGUAGCGGAUAAGACGGACAAGACAGAGAAGACGGACAAGACAGAGAAGACGGACAAGACAGAGAAGACGGACAAGACAGGGUCCAGGACGCCGGCUCGCAAAUCAUCGACGCGCACGAAUGCCUCGAGAAAGAGCCGCCGCGCCGAGAAGGUCAGGUCUUUGAAGCAGCGAGAUAUGGAAGCAGCCCGGAAACAAUUGCCAAAGCCGCAGCAGUCGCGAGAUUGCGAACCCGAUGCUCCGCCUCGGGAGGAGCAGCGACCCAAAACAGCCGAGACAGCUAUCAGCUCCUUACGCCUGCCUUCUCGGGAUGGCGGUCCCUGCGUCGCAGAACUUGCCGACAACUUUCCACGGCCUCCUACGGCUGAGCAAGAUGUUUUCGAAUCGACUCCCAUCGUCUGUUUGGAUCCACCCGUUUCUAGCCGUCCUUCUGGCGCCAUGACCUCGGCUGGGGACGGGCAAGAUCACCGCGAAGAGCCUUCGGAGUCUUCGUCGCACCCCCACCAGGGCGGCCGUCAUCCUCGCCUCUUGGAGCCCGGCAGCGCGAGGCCGCCCAUGCCAGAAGACGCUCCAUCCGCGAGGACCAGUACCGUCAGCUCCAUGCUACCUUUACGGUUCAACAGUUUUACUCGGACCAGCUGGGCAAGCUCGGUUCCCCUCCUCGAGCGCUUCAGCAGCUACGAGCCAUCGGAGGCCAGCUUCGUGCAAGGAACGGACCAUACCGAGAGCCAGAGAACUCCCCAUCGCCGCUCGGAUUCUGCAACGUUGCCUCGCACGGAGCAGGAAAGGCUCGUGUCUUCCCGCCUCAGCUACAUGGCCCCGCCCCCGGAACAAGACAGUGAUGAGGAGGCAGAGUCGCGGGAGAAAGAGGACGUGGAUAACGAAAUGCCUACCUUUGCACCCAGGCCAGAUCCGACCCCAAGACUGAGCGCCAUCAUGCCCGUCGUCGACGUUCAACCUAUGACGCCAUCCGUGGACCUUUGGUCUCCCUCGUGUCCUGCUUCGAGCACAUCGUCCGUCUCAGAACCUCCCGCUUCGAAGUUGGUUCCAGGAGAACCCACACCUCCCCAGACCCCUUGCGAUUUUCCGGCUCAGCAAUACACUACGACGGCGGAUGAAGCACCAGUAUCGGAGCCAAGCCAGCCGUCGUUCAUCGACGUCCGACAGCUGUCUAGUCCUGGAAGACAGCCACCGGCGCAAGACCUCUUCCGCUCUCGCGCGUGGAUGACACGUUCAGAUAGCGACUUCUUCCACACCCGUGUCGAGCUCUCAGGUUUUGACCAUCUCAUGUCGCAUCACAGCCCCUACGGCAUCCGUUUAUCGUCCGAGCCUCGGGCUGCCGAUUUAGCGCAACACCUUCUUCUCAAUCAGAAGCGACUGGAGUUAGAUAUUCGGCGGCAGGAGCAUAAGCAGAUGGUUUUCCUAAGCCAGCUCGAGCGGACACUGGAAGACAUCAAGCGCACGAUUCCGUCUCGGCAUCAUGGGCGUGCCAGGGAAUCCUUCGGGUUCGACGAAGCAGAGGGGACGACCGCAAUGAGCCAGCCUGCCGAGGCGAUGUUGGGCAAGAGGAGGAUCAGCCAUCGCCGAGGUCUGGCGGGAUCGGAUCCUACCCGUUCGACAAAUGCUUGCGAAAGCGAACGCAGCCACGGCCACUCUCAAAGCCAGUCUCGGGGUCCUUGAAGACUCUGGCUCGUUGAUGGGAUGGGGGACGACUACAGUGAGAGAAGCAGCGGGUGGCAAUGGGAUCGGCGGAGUACCCUCGAUGAGCGAAGCCAAUCGAGGACGACAGAAGAGGAGGGGGCAUGGGUGGACAAGGAGAGUCGACGGGGCGACUGUUGAACUGUUACGGGGUUGGCGAGCGCGAUGAGAGGUGAGCAAGAUGUUAGGCAUACAUGGAAUGACUGUGUAAUAAGGGAGGAUGUGCUUCAUUGUAUGUGAUCGGUCUGUGGCACGGUGUCGCUAGAGGACGUGUUUCUACGAUCGAUUCUGUAUUUUUUUUU